AUGAAAUUAGGAUGUGCUGCUGCUGCUGCUGCUGCUGCUGCUGCUGCUGCUGCUGCUGCUGCUGCUGCUGCUGCUGCUGCUGCUGCUGCUGCUGCUGCUGCUGCUGCUGCUGCUGCUGCUGCUGCUGCUGCUGCUGCUGCUGCUGCUGCUGCUAAUUUUUUGGGCAAAUUUCAACAAGAUCAACGUCAGUCAUUAUCUAAUCCUUCUACACGGAUUCAUACGGAUUAUGGAUAUGAAUCACAAGGAAUAGAAGAAGGUCCAUCCUCAUUAAGUAGUAGUUCACGAAGUGAUCUAGCCCAAUUACCAACCAAACAUGUUCUUACCACAGUGAAGCGUUAUAGUACGGAUGAUUCAAAUAAUAGCAUUUCUGGUACAGAUCAAGUAACCAGUGAUGCUACUACUAAAUUGAUUAUGCAAAGAUAUAAAAUCAAAUCAUCGCAUUAUCCAUCGCCAGGUGUAAACAAACGAAAUUGCUCUACUGGAUUAUCCAUAGAUUAUAACAUGCAACCAGGAACAUCCAUUGAUUCAGGUUCUGGUUUCAGUGAAGGAGCAACAACAACUAAUGACGAUCAAGCUGUCAGCACAUCAACGCCAAAGACUAUUCGUAAGUGGAAAAAAACGAAAACAGUGAAGCAGUUAUCAUCCAGUCGAUCUGAUCAAACACCAUCUCAACCUUCAUCUGCAUUAGGCCAAAAAAUCGUAGAUUAUCCAACAAGUGGUGAUGGUGACAUGGUUCCGUUGCUUAUCAGAUUGUGUGUAAAAGUAGUAGAAGCAAAUGGUAUGGAUACGGUUGGUAUUUAUCGAAUUCCGGGUAACACAGCUGCUGUCAAUGCGUUGAAAGAAACACUCAGUAGUAGCUCUGCAAAUAUUGAUUUUACGGAUUCAAGAUGGAAUGAUGUGAAUGUCGUAAGUAGUCUGCUAAAAAUGUUUCUGCGUAAAUUGCCUGAACCAUUGCUAACAGAUAAAUUAUAUCCAUUUUUCAUUGAUGCGAAUCGAAUUGUUUCCCAUCCACAACGAUUACGGAAACUUCGUUAUUUGACUCGUAAACUUCCUUCUGCUCACUAUGAAACGUUGAAAUAUUUGAUGGGACAUUUAAGAGCGGUGGUUGAGCAUAGCGAUGUCAAUAAGAUGGAAACGCGUAAUUUAGCAUUAAUGUUUGGUCCAUCGAUUGUGAGGCCUAGCGAUGACAAUAUGGCUACCAUGGUGACACAUAUGUCUGAUCAAUGCAAAAUCAUUGAAACAUUUAUUACUUAUUGCGACUGGAUGUUCGAUGAUAAUGUUAAAGCAGAGGAUGAUGUGCCACCGCAGAUUCCCAUAUCCAAUGAUUCUACUGCGGGCAGUAAUCUUGCCGCUGGUAGUAGUGAAAAUGAUUCUGGUAUUAUGACCACAUCAUUCAAUGGCAUGCAUAAUUUAAUUAGGCGGGUUAAUGAGGCCGAAGCGAUCGCUUUGAUGGAUGCACAAAAGAGUGGAAAGAUUAAGCAAAUUUUAAAUGUUCGACGUAAUUCGAAACGUGAAAAGCGGAAGAAAGUACAGGAUCAUUCGAUUAAUGCUGCAAGCAUUGUAUCUGCGCAGAAUGUAUGCAAAGUUACUAAGAUACCGGAUAGUAAUGCUAACACAUGCGAACAUCCAGUUACGGGAGUUUAUCAGGAACGUGAUAUUGAUGCCGAAAUAGCCUCACGUCAGCAGAAAACUCCAGUCAGAUCCACACAACAGUAUUGUGGUACCAGCUCAUCAGCUGACCAUUCACCCUCACUUGGUUCAUUGCACGAUUCUGCAUCUCAUACAAUAGCUUCUCGCCUCAAUUUAUGCGAAACGGAAAAUGAAAAUGCGGGAAAUAUGAAGAAUUACACCGAAGCAGAUGAAAUGAGACGUCGAAGGCAAAAGGAAAUUUGUUCCGCACGCCGAAUUUUUAUUGCUGGUACAGACGCAGAUCUAGAUGAUGAUGCCGAUCUUGAUGAUCUUGUUAAUCAUUCGCGACAUCUGAAUUUAGCAUCUUUGCCCACUCUUGAUGUUCUGAGCGCUGAAACACGUGAGAAGAUUCGACGUUUGCAACAACUUCAAGGAUGGGCUUCUACUGCACUUGAAAGACGUGACGUUGAAAUGGGAAUGAAAACGAAACGUUCGCUAGCACAGAAAUCUCAUAUAGAGAAACCAGCACCAUUAAUAAAGACAACAGCGGAAGAUUUUUCAUCAACAGAUGCACUGUCAUUGACAUCUGAUUACAGUACGACAUCAUCUGCGCCACUAACUAUUCCUGUUACUAUUUCAUGUGUUGAUCAUCUGGCAGCUGCAAGUAGUGAUUAUGCAUCCAGUGAUUUAUCACCAUAUACUCGUAAUGCUAGCACAUCACCAAGACAUCCUGAUUUAGAAUCUGUGGAUAUAACGCAGCUUAAUUUUGGCUCCGGAAUUUCUGGUAACUUCAAAGGAUCUCAUCAAGAAUCAUCAUUAUCCACUGGUGAAGACUGCUACAGUGAUUCUAGGGAUCCGGAAAAUACUACACUAGAGAUACCGUCGUCAUGCCAAUAUUUGCUUAUCACUGAGAAGAAACGUUCAAAAAGUCAACCAAAGCUUCAUCGAUCUCAUAUGGCAUUUUCGGAAUCUGAAACAGCGGGUACUGUACCAACUUCACCAAUUCAUUACGACGAAAAAAAUCCAUCUACUGAUAGAUCUAAAGUAAAAGUACGAGUUAAAAUGAGUGAUCGACGAGAGCUCUGGAGGAGACAUACACUUAGUGAUAUGGAUAUUAUUCGUCAGACCUUACGAGAAGAAAUGAAACGGAAAAGCAAUGCAUUGUCCACUUCACAAACCGGAAACACACAUUCAGAUAUUGGUACUAAAAUAAAUAAAUUUGCCCGAUGGGUGAAGAAUAGUUUUCGACGUUCCUCAACUGUGUUUGUGGAUGACGUUGGAAAAGAUAGAGUUGAAACUGUGAGCAAUACUAUUACUCGCGAUACUCAUAAGAAACCUGUAGCAUCGGCAACAAUAUCAAAAAUAGUUAGAUCUACAGAUGGAAGUAUAUCAUCAUCAGUUGGAUCGAACGGUGAUAUGACAUCAGCAGGUGAAGUUCUACCUUCCUCGGGUGAUGAACAGUUAUGA